GUCAUUGAGCAUCUGACAUUAGUACAUUAGUGACAAUAAUUUUAACAAGUAACAUUUCGGCAGUGCAGGAAAAUUAUUGCAUUAAAUUUUCAGAAUAUAUUAAAGUUUGCAAAAGUAUUAGCUACACAAACUAUUUGAUUUAAGUGCUUCCCACUGAUUCGCGCAUAAGGUUUGUCUGCUAACGAAAUGCCUGCCAAAAACGAUGCUGAUGCGUCUGACGCCGAGGAUAUGUCUGGUGCCGAGUCUGAGCACUCCAAUUCUAGCCGUGGACACGAAACUAGUGAUGAAGAAGCGAAUUCUUCGUAUGAUUCAUCAGAUUUAGAUGCAUAUGAAAUAGAACGGCAGCGGUCUGAAUUUCUACAAGAUUUAUCAAGCCUUGAGGAUCAAUUCGAACAAUUGCGAGAGCAGUAUUACAUGGCACGCAUCCGUCAUAACGAAGAACAAAUAGAUGAUGUGCGAAGUGGUCGUUCAGAAGAGUAUUUGGUUCCUUUACGGGAGUUAGAUAAAGCUUUUAAAAAUCGCAUAGAAGUUGCUGAGAAAUUGCGUCAAUAUCGCUUGGAAAACAUCGAACAUAAAUAUCAGUCCGAGGCGCAAGCAGCCUUACAAAAUUACGAGAGCGAAAAGCAAUUAGCAGUUGAUCAGAUAGAGGAAGCUUUGAUAGAGAAAAUUAGACGUCUAGAAGAAGACCGAAGUAAUGUUGACAUUUCUUGGUCUGAUUGGGCUGUCGAUCGACGGGCAAGCAAAGUACGUGGGCCUGGGAGAAAAAAAGCUGUUACGGUUACUGGUCCUUAUAUUGUGUACAUGCUGCGUGAAGAGGAAAUAAUAGAGGAUUGGACUGCAAUACGAAAAGCGUUGAAACGAUCUGCAGCGACCACGGUUCCCUCUGUGUCUAUAGUAUAAAAUAACAAUAUAAAUGUAAUAGAUCUUAACUUUCCUUUAGUUGUAAAUAUGUACUUUAGUGAGAUAAAUGAAAAUUGAGAUUUAUAUUUAAACCACAUCUAAUACGUUGUAUUCUCUCAGGGUGUAGGCAUAGAUGUUAUCUAAAUGAUCAAUAUUCUGGGUAUUACUUUGCCAUCCAUCUUUAAAAACCUGAAUUAAUUAAUUACUUUGGAUUUUUAAAAGUUACAUAUAAAAUAGUUUGUAAAUUAGCUCUGUAAAUA